AUGCGUCGAAUAGCCAGAUUAGACAGGUCAAUUGACCUUCUCCGCACGAGAGCGACAGUCCAAGGACCAUCCACAUACCUCUGCUCAGCGUGCAAGCACCAUGCCUCCCCUUUCUCGACAUCAACUCUCCGAGCCGCGAAGAACGGCAAAGUGACAUUGACGGAGAAGCUCCGCAGGAAGAUAUGGGGAACAGACAAUCCUCCCGGAUUGGAAGAUCCAUACAGCGAUAAAAGCGUGUUCGAUCAGACAAAGAACAAGGAACAGCAUCUGGAGAAGGACGAGAGAGCUGCUGCUAGGCUCAGACAUCGGAGCGCCACCAAAAUUGGGAAGUAUUCUGGAUACAAACCUGCGUCUACCUGGGAUGGUUUAGAGCGAGUUGGUUGGAGCGAGGAUCGUUGGGAUCCGGAGAAUUUGUAUGCGCCGUUCGUGCCGAUGGAUGUCAAGACCGAUAACGACGAGAUCACGGCGGCGUUGCACAGGGCUAUGGUCGAGGUUUUCGCUCUGCGGGAGGCUGGUUUGCCACUAGGACAGCUCUCAAAUCAUGCACCUGGCCAGGAUUUGACCCUCGAUGUUACUUUCGAGCAGUCAUCUUCUGGGCCGGUGCUCAAAUUCAUGGAUGCUGCGCCGCCGCUGGAGGACAUCGUGGAGUCUCUUACCCAGGCUGGGGAUGAAACUGCUGAACAUGAGAAUCCCACUGAGUCCGAGGAGGAUGUUGCGGCUGAUCGCUCGACUAUUGAUCCUCUGCGCCCUGAUGCGGAACCAGCUGCAGAGGAUACUUUAGAGAAAAGGAACCCUACUGAGAGUGAGGAAGACGUUGAUGCUGAUCGUUCAUCUGAGGAUCCUUUGCACCAAGCAAAUGCUAUGGAAGUUACCUAUGAGGAACUGAUUGCUUCCUGGGGAUCGUCCUGGCUGGAAGUUUCACUUGAGAACCCUGAGAUCAAGUUUGCUGUACUGAAGCGCAUGAUGCAACUAACCGGUAUCCGCAUUCCAGACGCCCACCUCAACUCGUCCAAGACCGCUUCCGCCCUCCUGAAGUUCCUCAUCAUCCCACCCAAACCUCGUAAGCUGGUCGAGGUUCUCAGCCAGAAGGAAGACCUCGUUACCCUUCCGAAUGUCAGUAUCUACGCAAGGCGUAUCACCCCGAUUGACAGGGAGAGAAGCUUGGGCAGAUGGAAGGUCAUUGAGAAAGAACUUGAGGAGAAGGGAUUGCCUAUUACCGGACAUGAAUCGAGGCGUGCACAGCUUUGA